GUUAAGAUGUCUGCAACAAAACUAACAAAGUCGGCGUUGAAGAUCCCAUCCCAGACCCCACUGGCAUUCCCCCCCACCCCCAUCCCUCCCGCCAUAGUACUGUCAGGUCUUGGAGAGUCGCAGCUCUUUGAUGCCAUCAGCGAGGGCAAGACGGAAGUGGUCAAGGCCAUCAUGACCUACCUGGACAAACCAGAGGCCUUACUCAAGCUCAAGGAUCUUCACGGCUGGACACCGCUUCACUUUGCUGUCCGAGGGAAGCAUGUCAAGGUCGUCUAUGCUGGGGCGGAUGCUCACCCAAAGAACAAGGAAGACAAAACGCCCCUGGAUCUAUGUGAUGAGGAGACUCCAUACAGACAAAUCCUGGAGGUCAAUGACCAUGCCCUGGAAGACGGACCUAUCGACUUGUGUAGUUCGUUUAUCGGCCGCAAACAGUUGAAUCAGAUCGGUCCAGACGGCCUGCUGCUCUUUGUUACCUCGGCACUCUGGUCAGAGAGGAUGCAGUUUAUACUCAGUAUUCGAAUACGUCCGUACCGAGCCGAUCCCCCGAUACCACUGCAGCAGGAUGAGCAAUACUUCAGUGACGUCUGGCACUAUAGAAUGUUGUGCUGGCUCCACCCCCGGGAGACUCGGGUCAAGGCCUACUUCCUGAAGGUCACGUCCAAGGCCAGAUAUAUUGAACAGGUGCCAGUACGGCUCAGCAAGUACAAGCAAUUUGGGUCAUUUCCCAACCCCCCAGCUGAUUGGGACGCGACCCGGGCUGAGAGAGAGAAGGCGGUGGUGGAUGAGUUGAUGAAGAAGUACAUGAAAGAACCUGAGGAUGAAGGCACCAAGGAUAAGGACGAGGAGAAGGAGCAGGGAGAGGCCAGCGAGAAAGAGCAGGGAGAGGCCGGGGAGAAGGAGCAGGGAGAGGCCGGCGAGAAGGAGCAGGGAGAGGCCGGUGAGAAGGAGCAGGGAGAGGCCGGGGAGAAAGAGCAGGGAGAGGCCGGCGAGAAAGAGCAGGGAGAGGCCGGCGAGAAGGAGCAGGGAGAGGCCGGCGAGAAGGAGCAGGGAGAGGCCGGGGAGAAGGAGCAGGGAGAGGCAGGGGAGAAGGAGCAGGGAGAGGCCGGCGAGAAGGAGCAGGGAGAGGCCGGCGAGAAGGAGCAGGGAGAGGCCGGGGAGAAGGAGCAGGGAGAGGCAGGGGAGAAGGAGCAGGGAGAGGCCGGCGAGAAUGAAGAUGUUCCAGAGGAGGACCAGCCUGAAGCUAUCAGGCCUGGCACCUUGAUGGAGAGGGACUCAUCGGCUGGCUGCACGUAUGGCAUCAGCCGAGGUUUGGGAUAUCUGGCACUUACAGUUGCUGUGUGUUUCUGCCUGCUCCAUACUACCAGUGCCCAGUGGGAAAAGAUGCCUGCAGAGUUGCCUAGUAUUGGUGAAGUUGUUGUCCAGAUACAAGAGAUCCUUCAACAGAAUGUAAGUCUCUUACGCUCUAUUCGCUUUUAUGGAGGGCUUAUUAUUGCUUUGAAGCUUAUGGGGUACGGACUUUUGUUUCUGGUUGCACAAAAUAAUUUGGUUGUCAACGAUGACGAAAAUCGUGGCGGCAGAGUUCAAGCUAGACUCAAGAAAUUGUUUAAGUUUAUUAUUGGAUUCUGCGUUGGCUACAUUUGUAAAAGUGUAGUCGAUUCUAUGGUAAAAACAUGAGAAACUGUUUUGUCAGAUUUCAUAAUAAUUUAGAACAGACUAUAAAUAGUAAAGGCCCUACAUAAUUAUUAAAAUAUUAGU